CUAUUUUCAUUUUUCAUUCCAUCACUCUUUCUUUAAAAAACGUUUGAUAUCUCUUCUCCGGCCGCCCCUUUACCUCACCGCCACUUUUGCCUCGCCGCCGCCAACCUAUAAAUUCGCUACAAUGUUGCAUAUAAAAACCCCUAAAUCAAUGCGGGCUAAGAGGGCGCUUGAGAAACGAGAACCAAAACUGGUGGAAUUUGGGAAGAAGACCCUAAUAUUGCAUGGCACAAAAACUAGCAAUGUCAUGAAUGCUGUAUUGACAGAAAUAUAUCAUCUGAAGAAAGAUAAUGCUGUGAAAUACAGUAAGAGAAAUGAUAAAGUUAGACCUUUUGAGGCUGGAGGUGAAACUUCACUGGAGUUUUUCUCGCUCAAAACUGAUUGCAGUUUAUUUGUGUUUGGUUCACAUUCAAAGAAGCGGCCCAACAAUCUUGUCAUAGGACGGACAUAUGAUCACCAUGUCUAUGAUCUUGUGGAGGUUGGGGUUGAAAAUUUCAAAAGCAUGGCAUCAUAUUCGUAUGAUAAGAAAAUAGCUCCCUUAAUUGGAUCAAAACCAUUUUUUGCGUUUAUUGGGGAAGGAUUUGAGAAUGUUGAAGAGCUAAAACACCUGAAGGAGGUAUUGCUUGAUUUGUUCAGAGGACAGGUGGUAGAGAAUCUAAAUCUUGCUGGGUUAGAUCGUGUGUAUGUAUGUACAGCUGUGUCUGCUAACAAAGUAUUGUUCACCCAAUGUGCUUUAAGGCUCAAAAAGUCUGGCACAAUAGUCCCGAAAAUGGAGUUGGUGGAGGUAGGUCCUUCAAUGGAUAUGGUAGUUAGAAGACAUCGUCUUCCUGAUGAAAGGCUACAGAAAGAAGCUAUGAAAAUCGCUACCGAGUUAACUAAGAAGAAGGAGAAAAAUGUCACCAGAAAUCCAAUUGAAGGGAAACUCGGGAAGAUUUUUCCUCCAAUUCAAGAGUUCGGAAAUGCAUCUUUACCUUUCAAGCCAAAGGGACUUAAAAGGGAACGUCGUGAGGCUAAGGCUGAAGCUAAGGCCAAUGGUGAAGGCAAAGCAAAGAAGCAGAAGCAAAAGGAGCAGGAGCAGGAUGCUGCUGCUGUUUGAUAGUGGACAGGUUAUUCGGCUUGAUUCUUCAGGAUUUUGGAAAGUUGCAGGAGUUGGAGGUGUUGAAUGUGUUUUCGAAUCAGUUAUCAGAAAUAUUUCUAUUAGUAUCUUUUAAAUUCCGGCUCUGAGGUGUUGUGGUGAAUUGCAUUUUAGAAAACAGGCUUCAUUUGAAGCUAGAAGCAUUUGAAGUGUCUGAAAACAAACUGGAAAUUUUGCGGAUAGUUUGUGUAAUGGAGGUAGUUUGUUGGUUA